AUGGCCAGCUCACGAUACCUCUCUCUCCUAGGGCUGCUCUGCAUCGUGCUGUGCUUCGCGAGCGCGCACGCCCAGGCGCCGGCGAAACCCACCAAGGCGCAAAUAAAAGCGGAGCUUCAGAAAAUGGCGAACGCCAUUACUAAGAAGUUUCCGCAAUACGCGAAAUACGCCAAGGACAUCAACAAGUACAUCGGCCUCGCACUGAACUCCAAGUACGAUUUCACAGCACUCAGCGACGCAACCCUGCUCCUCCCCAGCGACACAGAGGCGGAGGCUCUCGCUAAGAAGGUCCCCGUUAACAAAGCCAACAUCCCCAGAAUCUACAACAUCACGGCGUACCACAUCAUCCGCAAGAAGUACACCGUUCCCGCGCUCAAGGUGCUCAAGAAGUCGCAGCCGAUCGGCACGCAGCUGAAGCAGGCGAUGUACAAGGUUUCGCAGCAGAAUGGUAACACGGUUUCUUUCGCCAAGACGCCCAACGCGCCCCCUGCCGCCUGGACCACGAUCAAGAUCGUCAGGCUGUACGCUGGGCCGUACUUCAUCGCUCACGGUGUGGAUAAAGUCCUGGUUCCCACGAACACCAAGGUGUAA